UCUUAUCACACUAAGUACAAAACUCUUGAGAUUAUUGUAGAUUGAGAACAAAGCUUUCUCUUCCUCAUUGGGUUUAAAGACGAGGCAGAAGAACACUGAAAAGAAACCAUUUUUAUGGUCGAAUCCAAUUGAUUCAAAUCCUCCUAUUCUCUAACAAAAAUGGCUGCUCUUUGUCAAGCUUGCUCUACAUCUUCGACUAGACCAUUGCUUCUGGCGAAAAGGGUGUUUUCCUUCACUUCGUCGCCGUAUAUCUUCACAAGCGGACAUAAAAUCUCUCGCCAUUGUAGCAGCUUCAGAGCAUCCACCUUUGCGUCUGCGUCUACCUCAGUUUGUGUCGAUUUAAAGGAACUGAGAAGCAAUGAAUUGGUGGACUUGGAGUAUGCAGAACUAAAUCUCAAUCAUAAGAUAUCUCAAGAAGUGGGUCAUGUAAGAAUCAGACAGCAUGUUAAUCCUCUCAGUUCCUCUUUCUCUAAACCAGCUCCAGUUCCUGUUUGGGAUGAAGUUUAUAAGGAUCCCUCACUUCCUCUUAUGGUGGAUAUUGGAAGUGGUAGUGGCAGAUUUCUCCUAUGGCUAGCCAAUAAAAAUGCUGAAUCAAGAAAUUACUUGGGGCUGGAAAUACGUCAGAAACUGGUCAAGCGCGCCAACUUUUGGGUGAAUGAGCUCGGACUUUCAAACGUACAUUUCAUAUUUGCAAACGCCAUGGUUUCCUUUGAACAACUCAUAUCGAGUUAUCCUGGACCACUGGAGAUUGUCUCAAUCUUGUGUCCGGAUCCUCAUUUCAAGAAACGUCAUCAAAAGAGACGUGUUGUUCAAAAGCCUUUGGUGAAUUCCAUUCUUCAAAACCUAAAACCCGGCAGAAAAAUCUUUGUGGAAUCCGAUGUGCUGGAUGUGGCUCAAGACAUGAGAGAUCAGUUGGACGAGGAAUCAAGUGUUCUUCAACACAUGGAAACAGUCGACACAGAAGAUGGUUGGUUAAUGGAAAACCCGAUGGGUAUACGAACAGAACGAGAGAUCCACGCUGAAUUCGAAGGUGCAAGAAUCUACAGAAGACUUUACCAGAAACGUCAGCUUACAUGAUUCUCAGUUUCAAACAAGUAGUCUCCAAUUUGGUCGUUGAGUUGAAGAUUUAUUUAAACCAGUUUGGUCUGGUUUAAUUCGGUUUUGAUUUCUAGUAUAAUGCUAACCGAAUAGUUUAAACCAAACUGUACCUGAGUUUUUUUGUGCUUUAAGUUGAUUAAACAAGACACGUGACUUUUAAAUGAUAAAAUCUGUAAGGCCAUCUCCAACGGCAAGAGACGAAGAGUGAGAUUUUUCAAAAAAAAAUAUUGAUA